AGUAUUUUCAAGAUGCUUUAAGUAACAUAAAACAUUCAUUUAAAAUAUGAAUCUGAAAACGGCGCAUUCUAUCAGUUUUUUCGGAGUUAACGACUUUUCAUACAAGCAGCUGAUUAAUAUUUGAAAUAAGUUGGCAGCUCCAACGUAAGCAAAGAUGUUACGAGAGGUUUUGCGAAUCGGCAGCAGACGCUGGUACAGCUAUAAAUCUGUUCGCCGUCCUGGCCAGCCUGCGGUGUCUAGCAAUGUGGAGUUGGAGCAAAACCAAAAGCCAAAGCAGACAUCUGAUACACAUGCAAAAAGUAAUGGUAACCUAACUAAGCAGCUAGCUGCCAAGAUUCAAGCCACGGGUCCCAUCACCGUUGCUGAGUACAUGCGGGAGGUGCUGACGAAUCCACAUGGCGGUUACUACAUGAAUCGGGAUGUUUUUGGUCGAGCGGGUGACUUUAUAACAUCUCCAGAAAUAUCACAGAUUUUUGGGGAGCUCGUUGGCGUCUGGUUGAUGAAUGAAUGGCAGAAGCUAGGUAGUCCGUCGCCAUUUCAGUUGAUUGAAUUAGGACCAGGACGCGGCACACUGGCGCGUGAUGUCCUUAAAGUGAUAUCCAAAUUCAAGAGUGGCGCACAGUUCAGCAUGCAUAUGGUCGAGAUCAGUCCGUAUCUGAGCCAAGCGCAGGCGCAGCGUUUCUGCUACAAGUACGAGAUCUUACCAGAGGAGGAGCAGUUACAGCACUACCAAACUGGCACCACGGCUACGGGCACGCAGGUGUUUUGGCAUCGCCGGUUGGAGGAUGUGCCAGUUGGGUUUUCUCUGGUAUUAGCGCACGAGUUCUUUGAUGCGUUACCUGUGCACAAGCUUCAGUUGAUCAACGGCAAGUGGCAGGAAGUGCUCAUCGAUGUGGACAUAAACUCAACGACGGCUGAUUUCCGAUAUGUUAUGUCCAAGGCUCAAACACCUGUGUCAAAUUUGUUUAAGCCGUUGCCGCAGGAACAGCGCAGCAGUCUAGAAUACUCGCUGGAGGCGGAACGACAUGUGGGACUCCUGGCAGAGCGGCUGGAGCAGCAUGGUGGUAUUGCUUUAAUCAUGGACUACGGUCACUUUGGCGACAAAACAGACACAUUUCGCGGAUUCAAGCAGCAUGCCUUGCAUGAGCCGCUGCUUGCACCAGGAACGGCAGAUCUCACAGCCGAUGUCGACUUUAGGCAUUUAAAGCACGUAGCGGAGACGCGUGCCCACAUUCACUGCUGUGGGCCAGUACAGCAGGGUGACUUUAUGAGAAGCAUGCAGGGCGAAGUGCGUCUGGAGCAGCUGCUGAUGCAUGCUUUGCCCGAGAACCAGAGUAUCAUACGCUCCGGCUAUGAGAUGUUGACCGAUGCAAAGCAAAUGGGCAGCCGAUUUAAAUUUCUUGCCAUGUUCCCCGGCGUACUGGCUGCCCACCUGAACAAAUAUCCCGUGGCUGGCUUUGGAUAACACACAUCUUUAGUAUUUAAUAUA